AUGGCUCCAGAGUAUGCAAUGGAAGGAUUAUUUUCAAUAAAGUCGGAUGUAUAUAGCUUUGGAGUUUUGCUUCUAGAGAUCAUUACUGGUAGAAAGAACAUUGCUUAUUAUGCAGAGAAAUCAGAGUCAAAUUUGGUUGGACAUGUCUGGGACUUGUGGAGUGAAGGCAGAGCCUCCGAAAUAGUGGAUCCUCUUUUGGACGAGUCAUUUGUUGAUGAAGCUUUGAGAUGCAUCCAAAUUGGUCUGCUGAGCGUGCAAGAACAUGCGGAUGAUCGACCAACCAUGUCAGCAGUUGUUUUAAUGUUGGGAAAUGAUUCAGCUCUUCCCUCCCCAAAACAACCUGCAUUUAUCCUUAAUAGAUGCUGGGCUGGUACCGGAGACCGGGCAUCUAGUGAAGGUGUUUAUAACUCUAUAAACAUUGUGUCAUGUACUAUGGUGGAAGCUCGCUGA